GUGUGCUGUGUAGACGCACCCUGUGUGUGCGCCAGCCACUCGAGGGAGCCAGAGAACCACCCUGGCUCAUUGCCUGGCUUAGAGGGGUUGGGGGGUGGCCUGGAGACCCCAGCCCCCAUGAGGGGGCAGCGCAGGCUGGCGGGGGAGCCCCUGGAGAUCCAGGUGCUGAGGGUGAAGGAGGAAGAGGAGGAGGAAGGAGCCGGGUGCCCGGAGUACGUCUCGGAGCUGCUGUGCCAGGAGGGGGCCGGGGGCCUCAGCACCCGCUGCCACGCCCACCCGGGGCUGCGCCUGUUCCUUGCCCCGGCAGCGCCCCCGCAGCCACGCCCCGGUGCCGGGUGGGACGCCGGCCCCCCGGCUAAGCCCUACGCCUGCUCAUUCUGCCCCAAGCGCUUCAAGCGCUCCUCGGACCGGCGGGCCCACGAGCGGGUGCACACGGGCGAGCGCCCCUACCGCUGCCGGGCGUGCGGCAAGCGCUUCACCCAGUCCUCGGUGCUGACCGGCCACCUGCGCCUCCACACGGGCGAGCGCCCCUUCCGCUGCCCCGGCUGCCCCAAGAGCUUCAGCGACGCCUCCAACUUCAAGAAGCACCAGCGCAUCCACGCCCAGCCCCCGGGCAGCGAACCCGCCUGCCCCCCUGCCUCCCCGAGCCAGUGGGACACUGGUGGGUGUGCCAAGGACCUGGCGCGAGACGGCGACAGUGACGCCAAGGGGCUGGCGCUAACUUGGGCGUCCCUUGGGUCCUCUGCCGAGGGCCCCAGGCCUGACUUCCCGGCUAAUGGUGCCUGCCCGUCCCUGUCGGCAGUGGGGCUGGCGGACAGCCGGUGCCCUGGGGCAUGGCAGCGUCUGGCAGUGGAGCGAGAUGCAGAGCAGGGCUCCCCUGUCCCUGGCACGGGUGCCCGGCUGUCCCCCAGCGACUCGGGCUGCGGGGAAGCUGGCAAUGGAGGAAGAAUGGCUGAGGAAGAGGAGGGUGGUCGUGCUCGCUGCUUCUUGCUGGAAAAGCUGGACCGGGCGCCCCAACUGUGCCCGAGCCCUGAUACCCACGAGCUGCGUGUGCCAGUCCAUGCCGCUCCCUGGUGCCCGAGCCCCGAUGCCCGUUCCCCACGCGGCAGGCCGCCCGCCCCCCCGCCCGAUGCCCGCCAAUACAUCUGCUUCGUGUGCUCCAAGCGUUUCAGGCGGGCCACGGACCUGAAGGAGCACCUGCGGGUGCACACGGGCGAGCGCCCCUUCGCCUGCGGGGUCUGCAGCAAGCGCUUCACCCAGGCCUCGGCCCUGUCCACCCACCAGCGCAUCCACACGGGCGAGCGCCCCUUCCGCUGCCCCGUCUGCCCCAAGAGCUUCAACAACGCCUCCAACUUCGCCAAGCACCGGCGGGUGCACUCCGGGGAGCGCCCCCACCGCUGCGCCAUCUGCGGAAAGGGCUUCCAGGAGCGCCGGUGGGUGAUCCGGCACCUCCAGGCCAUGCACCCGCCGCUGGGGUGAGCGCGGGGUGGGGCCCAUGGCCGGCCCGGGCACCCGCCACUUGCCUGAAUGCCCACAUCCAGGCUGGGCAGCAGCCGUUGGCAUGUGGCGCAGUCGGGGAGGCCGUGGCAUGGCCAGGCGGUGGGCACUGGGCUGAGAGUGAAAAUGCCUCAGCCGAAUCCUCUGCUAGCAACGAUCUCCCCUCCACGUAUGUCCUGCUGGGGGAUGCUCUGGAGCGCGGUUGGGGGAAGUGUUCACCCGCCCAGUUUUCACCACGUUGCUUUUCACCUUUUGUGGGAUGAAUUUUUUUCCAACCCAAAACCCCAAAAAUAACCGGAACGUCUCCCACCCGAUAUAAAACAUUGUGGGGACAUUUCCCCUCCACAGGGUGGAAAAUAACCUGCAAAACAAAUCAAUUUCCCCCCGAUUCUCCAGGGAUUACAAGCUUGGUUGAUAAAGGUCAUCGUUUUGAUCUAA